AAUGAAAUAUCGGAAUAUGGAAGGAUUAAAUUAUUAAGAGGUGCUGACCCUAAAAAAGAUCAAAGUUAUUUUCUCUCAGCAGUUCCUGAAGAAAAAUUUCGAAAUGUAAUAUUCCCAAUUGGACAUAUGCUUAAAUCGGAUGUUAAAAAAACAGCACAUGAAGCAAAACUUGCCGUUGCAAAUAAAAAAGAAAGUAUGGGAGUUUGCUUUGUGGGUAAAAAGAAAACAUUUUCGGAAUUUUUGGAACAAUAUCUUAUUGGUCAACCUGGUGACAUUAAAACUUUGGAUGGUCAACAUAGAGGACAACAUGCGUACACAAUUGGUCAACGUGCUCGGCUUCAUAAUGGUCCAAGUGCGUGGUUUGUAUAUAAACGAAAUAGUAAAGACAACACAUUAACGGUGGUCCCUGGAUCAGAUAAUCCAAUGUUUCUCUCUAAUAGCCUUAUUGCCAAAGAUUGGGUAUGGAGUUGGAGUGAGCCUCCUUUAGGAAUUGAAAACGGUGUUGAAUUAUUGGGUCAAAUAAGAUAUCGUCAAGAUCCAGUUCUAUGUAAGGUGCAAUUAAGAUCUGAUAAUAAAUAUUUUGUUGAAUUUAAAGAACCUCAAUGGGCUAUAGCUCCAGGACAGGGUGUGAUGCCCUCUGUGCAACCAGUGGCAGACUCUUUGAUGAUGAUCACAGUGUUAACUCAGGGAAAUAGACAAUUAGUAACCACUCCACUAUUGAAAAUUCGGGAGUAA